AUGGCUUCGUUUACUGCUAAGGAAGUGGCUGCUCACAACACCCGCGGUGAUUGUUGGACAAUCAUCAAGGGACAAGUUUAUGAUGUUACAAAAUACAUGGAGGACCACCCUGGUGGUGCCGAUGUUCUCAUUGACUCAGCUGGAAAGGAUUCAACCAUAGACUUUGACUCUGCUGGCCACUCCGAGGAUGCCUUUGAGAUUAUGGAGGAGUACCGCAUCGGAGAGUACAGUGGUGCGCCUGUACGAAACGCCCCUAAGAAGGUCACUCUCAAGAAGGCGACUCCCGUGGCAGUUGCUGGAACCAGUUAUACCGCAACCGCGCUCACAGCUACCGCCGUCGUUUCCGCUGGCGCCGUGGCUCUUCACCAAGCCUACCGCAUGAACCCCGAGAUCCUGAACUCCUUGCCCAAGGUGAGACCUGGAUCCGGAUCUGGACCUGGGUUUCUGGAGGGUUUCCUUAUCGCUUCGGCAAUUUUCACCGUCGCUGGUACCGUUACUGCCAAGAAGCUUUCCAAGUACCUUCACUUUGAGGAGGGCGGUUUCAUGAGCUAUGCUCCUCACAAGAAGAUGCCCAAGGUCACAAAGCUUAACCCUCUGCUCCAAAGAGGGUGGCUCGACCCUACAGCUUACCACGCUCUUCCUUUGGCUGAGAAGGAGGAGAUUGCUCCCAACGUUUACCGUCUGGUUUUCAGUCUUCCUACUCCCACAACCAUUCUCGGACUGCCAACUGGUCAACACUUGGCUAUCAAGGCCGAGAUCGACGGCAAGACCGUCAACAGGUCAUACACACCCAUCUCAAAUAACAACGACCUCGGAAAGCUUGAGCUCGUCAUCAAGUGCUAUCCUGAUGGUCUUCUCACCGGCAAAUACCUUGCCAACCUCGAACUUGGUGAUGAGGUGCAGUUCCGUGGACCCAAGGGUGCCAUGCGUUAUCAGCGUGGCCUCUGCAAGAGAAUAGGCAUGCUUGCAGGCGGAACAGGCAUUACUCCCAUGUUCCAAAUCAUCCGAGCCAUCUGCGAAGACGACCGCGACCUUACACAAGUCAGCCUCGUCUACGCCAACCGCUCAGAACAAGAUAUUCUGCUCCGCGAGCAGCUCGAGACAUUCGCGCGACGAUACCCUCAAAAUUUCAGACUUUACUAUGUUGUUGAAAACGCGCCCAAGGAUUGGAAGUACGGAACUGGUUAUGCGACACAAGCGCUUAUGGAGGAGAAGUUCCCCGCGCCUGGGCCUGACUCCAAGAUUAUGCUCUGCGGACCGCCCGGUAUGAUCAAAGCGGCCAAGACAUCGCUUGGCAACUUGGGCUUUGAGCAACCUGGUGCAUCUGCCAAGAUGACGGACCACAUCUUUUGUUUCUAG